UCGGCCUAAUCUUCGAUGAUGCGUGGGCUGUUUUACCAGCGUGGAAUUCGGAAUUCGGAAUUCGGAAUUCGGAAUUUGGUAUUCGCCCUUGACACAGUGCGCAACUGAACAGCCGAGAAAAAUGGACGAUGUCGGUAUUGUCGGUACUGUCGGUAGGUAUUUCAAGUUGCAAGAUAUUGAUGGACAUAGGAAUAAAGAGUAAUCAAGCGCCAGCGCUGAGCUAGCGUAUCGUAGCGUAUUGUCGUCAAAACCAGUCAAGACCAAGUGACAACUGGUGACAAGAAUGUUGUCAGAAGUGGACGUGUUCAUCAGUAAUUAUACCCUUGUCGAUCCUGAAAUAUAUCAGCUUUGGGUUGAUGGUCAUUCUUCGAGCGAAGCAGUUAGCAUUUUACAUCAGCGAGGAAUAUGUCAUGAAACGAGUGCCUCGAUCGAAUUGGUUGCUUCCGACAUUCUAGAUCAUUAUCGUACGUAUGCUCUUCUGGAAAAGCUGCUUCAUACACCUACGAAAUUGGCUAGCGAACAACUUGCCUUUCAAAUAGAACCUCAAACUAGUCAAAUGCUGAUAGAAAUGUACUAUGAAUUCGACGAUGUUGUGAUCAGAGAAUUAUUAGGGAAAAAGCUAACAUCGAAAAGUAGAAAAGACAUGGAUGAAGUGUCAGAAAAGACGGGUAUCACGCUAAAGAGUUGUCGUAGACAAUACGACAACGUGAAGAGAGUGUUCAAAGUGGUCGAAGAUUUGCCAGGAUCUCUGGCUGCCAAUAUAGAACAACACUUUUUACUUUCCGAAGAUCUUGCCAAGCGAUACGCUGCGGUGGUAUUCAUUGCCUGUCUUCGAUUCGAGAUGAAUAAAAGGAAACUGCAGUUUCUAACGUUUCCUGAUAUCUACCAUUGUGCCAACAGUAUGAUGUCGUCAUGGACGUAUCGCUGUAUCGGAUCGGAAUAUUUUGACACCGAUUUGGAUAGAGAGUUCUUAUUGGAAUUAGCAGAAUGUAGGAUAUUGUUGGAAAACGAUAAACACCAUAAACAUUUAGUAUGCAUCAAACUUAAACCGAUGCUUCUUGAGCGUUCGUAUCAGGAAAUAGAUUCGAAUUUUCGUUCAUACACGAGAGCUAUAUUGGGAAUUGGAUGUAACCUUCAUCGAUCUAGAGAUUUACGGUUUUUCUUUCUAGAGUUAGUCGAAAGAUGCAUCGAACCAUGGCGUCAAAUAAACUGGACCCAUACCGAUCUUCGAAAUUUCUUAUCGGUUUAUACUCAGUGCGCACUAGACAUGGAUGUACUUAGGGAUACCGAAUUGAGAGAUGCCUUUGAACGUUAUAUGAAUGUUGUAACUUGUUGCUUAUUGCGUAUGUAUCAUACGUGACUAUUAAUGAAAGAAGAUGAUGGUAUACAGAAAUUGAACGCAACAAACGUUGAUAGCAGUUGAAACGUAAAAAAAAAGGACGUUACACAAUUAUAAAUAAAUAAAUCCGACCACUUGUAUUAUA